AUGGAUAUCCAAGAGACUCAGCGUCUCCUUUCGGAGCACCUCCAUGAGCUUGCAGACCUGUUUCAUCGUCUCCCCGGUUCAGCGAUCUUUCUUCGUUAUGUCAAGUCUAGUUACCAGAACGACCCUAUUCGCUCGGCUGUUGAGCUCUUUCUUUUCCUCUUUGCGGUCCGCUACCUUCUCGCUCCGAAAUAUUCGACCAAACCUGGCGUGGUCCAACUCUCAGAGGAUGAGGUUGAUGACCUGGUAGAUGAGUGGACACCAGAGCCACUGGUGGGAAAGCCCAGUCCUCUGGAAGCAAUGGAAGUUGACAAGCGGACGGUUAUCGUUGGCCCCGUAGGACCCAAGUCGAAGUUGAGUAACGGUCGGACGGUCGCUAAUCUCGGUUCCUACAACUAUUACAACUUCAACACGAAUGAGUCCCUCAAGGAAAAGGCAAUUCAGACUCUCCGUAACUAUGGAGUCGGUCCUUGCGGCCCCCGCGGUUUCUAUGGUACUCAAGAUGUUCAUAUGAAGACGGAGGCUGAUGUCGCCUCUUUCCUCGGUACCGCAUCCUGCAUUAUCUAUGCGCAGGCAUUUUCGACGAUCUCCAGUGUUAUUCCUGCGUUCUCGAAGCGUGGUGAUAUCAUUGUUGCGGACAAGGGUGUGAGCUUUGCGAUUCGCAAGGGUAUCCAGAUCUCCCGCAGCAUCGUUCGGUGGUACGAGCAUAAUGAUAUGGAAGACUUGGAGAGAGUCCUUGCGAAGGUCACCAAGGAACAAGCGAGGAAGCCACUCACAAGACGGUUCAUCAUUACCGAGGGUCUGUUUGAAUCCUACGGUGACAUGGUUGAUUUGCCCAAGAUUAUCGAGCUCAAGCUCAAGUACAAAUUCCGGUUGAUUCUCGACGAGACUUGGUCUUUCGGCGUCCUCGGGCGAACUGGCCGUGGUGUGACUGAGCACCAGAAUGUCGAUGCGGCGGAGGUGGACAUGAUUGUGGGCUCGCUGGCCGGUCCCCUGAUUGCAGGAGGAGGCUUUUGCGCUGGGUCGGAGGAGAUCGUCCACCACCAGCGUAUCUCUGCUGCUGCAUACACUUUCUCUGCGGCACUCCCCGCUCUUUUGUCUACCACUGCUAGUGCGACGAUCAACCUCCUCCAGAACGGUCCCGAGACCGUGGCACAGCUGCGGGAGUAUACCAAGGCCAUGUGGGCUCAGCUGGAUCCUCGUAGUGAUUGGGUUUACUGUACCAGUGCCCCCGAGAACCCCAUGAUGAUUCUGGUCCUCAAGCCUGAGGUGGUGGCUGCGAAGAAGCUGUCCCUUGACGACCAGCAAUUCCUGCUGCAAGAUAUAGUCGAUGAGUGUCUCGCAAAUGGCGUUCUCAUCAGCCGCCUGAAGACUCUCCAGGAUAACUUCGAGCCGAAGCAGAUUGUUCCCCCUGCCUUGAAGGUCUGCGUGACAAUCGGAUUGACGAGAAAGGAGAUCGAAAAGGCAGGAACCACCAUCCGUCACGCGAUCACGAAAGUCCUCAGCAAGCGGAAGUAA